AUGAAGGUCACCAGCUUCUUCAAGGGACUGGGGAUGUUUGUCGGCCUGGCGGCCGCGGCUCCCCAUUCUUCCAACUCGGAUCAGAGCCUCGGACUGUUCCCUCGUGAGCCCGGCGUCUCGCCGGCUUUUGACCUGUCCAAGCGCCAGUCCUGCCACACUCCCACUAACAGGGCCUGCUGGUCGCCUGGAUUUGACAUCAACACCGACUAUGAGGACAAGAUCCCCGACACUGGGGUUACGCGCCAGUACACUUUGACCCUCACGGAGGAGUGGAACUGGCUGGGACCUGAUGGUCAGCGCAAGGAAGUGGCUAUGCUCAUCAACGGCGGCUACCCCGGCCCCACCAUCCGUGCCUCCUGGGGCGACUGGAUUGAGGUUACCGUCGUGAACAACCUCCAGAUCAACGGCGACGACUCUAGGACUUCUUUCCACUGGCAUGGAAUUCGCAUGCUGAACAACUGUGUCAACGACGGCGCCAACGGAAUCACCGAAUGCCCCAUCGCCCCCAACAAGUCCCGCAAGUACCGAUUCCGUGCCCAGCAGUAUGGCACCUCUUGGUACCACUCUCACUUCUCCGGGCAGUACGCCAACGGUGUCGUGGGCCACAUUUUGAUUGACGGCCCUGCUUCUACGCCGUACGAGGAGGAUCUUGGUAUUCUUAGCAUCACCGACUGGUACUACAAGGGGGCCGACCGCAUCCAGUACGAGCUGAUCCCAUCACCUGGCAGGGCUCCUCCCAGCGACAACGUCCUGUUCAACGGCAAGGGCAUCAGCCCUCCCGGACGUCCCGCUGGCGGCAGCUACCAGCGCACGGUGCUGAAGCCUGGCAGACGGCACCGCCUUCGCAUCGUCAACCCGUCGGUCGACAACGUCUUCAAGGUCCGGCUUGUCGACCACCCGUUCACCGUGAUUCAGACCGACUUUGUGCCCGUGCAGGCCUUCACGACCAACGAGCUCCUGGUCGGCAUCGGCCAGAGGUACGACGUGACCAUCGAGGCAAAUCAGUCGGCCGGCAACUACUGGUUCAACGUCUCGGUCGCCUGCGGCGGCGCCACCAACGCCAUCGCCCCGGCCUCCAUCUUCCAGUACGAGGGGGCUUCUUCGACGGCGCUGCCCACCAAGCCCGGCCCGGCCCUCGACACCACGUGCCUGGACAUCAUCAACUUCUCGCCCGUCGUGCGCAAGGACUUCCCCGAGGCCGUCUUCCGCGCCAGCUCCGACAACACCCUCAACACGGCCGUCACCACCAAGAACUGGGAAGGCGUCCAGCGCGUCUACUGGACCGUCAACAACGUCGACAUGAACAUCACCUGGGACGAGCCGACGCUCGAGUACGUGGCCAAGGGCAACACCAACAUCCCGCAGCGCUACAAUCUUUUCCGCGUGCCCCGCGGCAACGAGUGGAGCGUUUGGAUCAUCAACAACCCGAUCCCGGCGCCGCACCCCAUGCACCUGCACGGGCACGACUUCUACGUCCUGGGCCGGUCCGCCAACAUGGCGUCGCCCACGGCCUUCGACGCCGCCCGCGACACGGCCAGCCUGACGUGGACCAACCCGACGCGCCGCGACGUGACCAUGCUUCCCGGCAACGGCUGGCUGGCCGUGGCGUUCCGCACCGACAACCCCGGCGCGUGGCUGUUCCACUGCCACAUCGCGUGGCACGUCGCGCAGGGCCUGAGCGUCCAGUUCCUCGAGCGCGUCGACGAGAUCCCCGCCACCGUCAACCUGGCCGAGCUCGAGCCCACCUGCAGGGACUGGACCGCCUACUACGAGAGCAGCCCCAACAAGCAGCACGACUCUGGUCUGAGGACCGGCGGUGGCAACUAG